AUGGUUGACUAUGAUAGGCGUAAGCUGAUUGCUUCCAACCAUACAUUUACACACAUUUUAAAUUUUGCUCUAAGGGAAGUGCUUGGUGAUCAUGUUGACCAGAAGGGAUCCAUUGUCCUUCCUGAAAAUUUGAGAUUUGAUUUUUCUCAUGGGAAACCUGUAAAGCCCGAAGAGCUGAAAAAAAUUGAAUCCAUUGUGAACGAGCAAAUUAAAGAUGAAAUGGAUGUAUUUGCGAAGGAAGUCUAUCCAGACCCAGUUAGGGUCGUUGCAAUUGGUCGGAAAGUGGAGGAUCUCCUUUCUGAUCCACAAAGUGAAGAGUGGUUAUCCAUUUCUGCAGAGCUCUGUGGAGGCACUCAUAUAUCAAAUACACGAGAGGCAAAGGCAUUCGCUCUUUUAUCUGAGGAGGGAAUUGCCAAGGGAAUCCGUAGAGUUACCACUGUUACAUUGGAUUAUGCUUUAAAGGCCGCGGAAUUGGCAUCAUCACUUGGGCAGGAAGCAAAUGAAGCAUCCAAAACAGAAGGAAGCUUGUUGGAACAGAAAGUAAGGUCUUUAAAUGGUCGUGUGGAAUCGCUGCCUAUUCCAACAGCCAAAAAGGCUGAACUUAAGGUCAAACUUUCUGUACUUCAGGCAUUUCAUCUAUCCUGA